UUAUUUUAACAAUUCUGCAUUAUAGGAUAUAUACGACGAUUAUAUUAUUGGUGCAUAUCGAAUCAAAGUCAACUUCUGCAUCUUUCUUUCCCAAAAUAUUACUUUCAGUGAGAGUAUAGUUCAUCUUAAGUAUAAGACCGUUUUUCUCAUUUUUUCCCAGUUAUUUUUACAUUACAAUUUGGAUUUUGUAUACCAGUACCAAGAAUACGACUUGCGCUUCCAUUCUAGACCGCGUGCUUACAUGCGGUCUUAUAACGGAUGAUGCUAAUUAAGAAUACACGGAAAGAAAAUUCUUCCAAACAUGGAUGAAAUUCUAAGAACAUUUAAAAUCAGCCAUCAUAAAAAACAACAACAACAAAACCCAACUUACAUAACGGUGUAACUACAUGUAUUACUAAUAUUUAUUCAUAGAACCCCGUCUUUUACUUUCCUUUGAAAAAAUCGUAUAUUUUAAUUAUAUAAGAAAUAGCCUGAUCAUCUAUUUACCAUGAAAUUUAUUAUAUAUAAAGAUAAAGUGUUCCGUUUUUAUGAUUAGAAAACAUUUUUAUCUUCCUUAGUAUUUGUUUAUAUUAUUAAUAUGUUAUGUAUUCAUAUAUCAAAAUAAUGAUCUUACCUUUCCCUACUCGACAAGUUCUGUGACUCAACUCAACAAGUACAUAACCUAAUGAAACCCCACGAAAAUCACGAGAAUAUUCAAAUAACACCUGAUUUGCGAACGAAUGAAUUACAAGAGCGUAGCGGAUGGUAUCUUUGCUUGGCUUAAGAAUGCUUUCUUAAACAUGAUAAAGUACAUAAGUAAUAUGUUUCUUGUGAGUAAUAUUAAUAAAUACUGAGUUAAAAACUGAUGUAUGGAUAGAAAAACAUAAGAGCAUGUAGGUAAGAUAGUUACCGCACUCGGAAUAGGUCUGCAUAGUAUUUACAGACCCGGUGGCCUUUUAAAAAACCUCGAUCGCUACGCUCUCUCGGUCUUCAAAUCGCCACCCGGGUCUGUAAAUACUAUGCAGACCUAUUCCUCGUACGGUAACUAUUACAUACAUGUGAAAAAAAACACAGAGGGGUACUGCUAUAAAUAUGUGUAUAUAUUCACCGCUAUUUCGAAGGUAUACGCUUACAUUAAAACGCAUACUAGUGAAUAGACUAGUCCAAGUUUAACGUUUCAUCUACCACUUCAUGUACUUGAUACGCCGUGUUUAAGUUAUCAAAGGGAAGUCACUAAAAGGACAGAAAAGAAAAUGGCGACUGGAGGACGUUUAACCCAUUCAAAGAUUAAUGCUUCCGAUGAAGUAAUUGAAUAUGAUUGUUCUCCAUGUACUAAGAGAAAUAAGACAAACGAAGCUGUUGAAUUUUGUGUGGAAUGUCAGGAGUUUUUGUGUCCUCUAUGUGUGGAUAACCACAACAGUUUUUCUAUUCUAACAGGACACUCCUUACUAGAUAAAUCACAGUUUGGAUCUCUGGGGGGAUCAGCUGCACCGAACGCCCCUCCGUUGCCGACAGAGAGGUGCAAGGUGCAUUUAACGAAGUUAGUGGACAUGUACUGCGCAAACCACGACGCUGUUGGCUGUUCUAUAUGUUUAAAUAUCGACCACAGGAGUUGUCAGGAUGUACAUUACGUACCUACAUAUGUCCAGGGACUGGAGCCAUCUUUGCAGACGUCGAGUUUAAAAAGUCAAGUUAAUGCCACUAUUGUGAAGCUGGAAAGUCUCAUGAAACGGUACAAGGAUACCAGGGGUGAAUUUGACACGAAGAGGGUUUCUUCCCUGAAAGAUAUCCAAGAAUUCAGAAAAGAAAUCAACAAAACAUUAGAUCGAUUAGAGAAAGCAUCAGUACAAAACAUUAACAAACAGUAUAAAGAUUUAGAUAUUAUUUGCGAAAAUGAAAUGGCAGAUAUUCAAAGAAUGCUUGAUGCAUUGAAAAGAGGUAAAAUGUCGUUAGAAUCAUCUGUGACGAAUGCAUCACAGCAGUUUGUAGUUGAUAUAAAAUGCAAAUGCGAUGUUGUAUAUUCAGAAAGUCUUCUAGGACGAUCUAUGAUCCAUGAAUCAAAGUUUAUACCAUUUAAAGGAAUCAAAGAACUUUUCGAUUUUAUAAAAACAUUUCAUUCCCUAGAUCAGAGUAUGCAACACAAUCCACAGCAAAUCAAGUCAAAUAAAAAAUUGUAUAAAUUAAAAAGUGCAGACACAUUUGAUAUAAGACAAACAGACGAGAUGUUAUGUGAGAUUCGAUCAAUGUGUAUACUUGAUUCUGGUGACAUUCUAAUAGCAGACGUUACGAACAAAGCAUUAAAACUGAUAGAUGGUAAAUCGUAUAACGUUAAAGACUCACUAAAGGUUCAAGAUCAACCGUCAGGAGUAUGUAGAGGUCGGAUUCAUGAGGCGGUAGUGUGUUUAGAAAGUACAGGAAUACAAUUCGUUUCUACUAAAGAGAACCUUGUACUUACUCAGACAUUAAGUAUGAAUCAUGAUUGUUUGGGAGUUUGUAUGAUUUCGUCUCGUGUAUAUGUCACUGACGGCCAAAAUAGAAAUAUAUUCAAGUACGACAUAAACGGAAAACUUUUGAAAACAAUAUCUGGUGAUAAAAUAUUUUCAUGGAAUCGAUUUUUAGCUGGCAGUAACAACUUGAGGUCUUUAUAUGUAACUGAUUGUGACAAUGGACUGUUAAAACUUGAUCUUGAAGGCAAUGUUAUUUGGAAACAGUCGGCAAAUAUUAUUGAAUCAGCAUAUGGUGUAUGUAUUGACGGACUUGAUAAUGUUUUUGUUACUGGUCAUAUUUCAAAUAAUGUUGUUCAAAUUACUUCUGAUGGAGCGUGUCUUGGAGAGGUGAUUACAAAAGACAAGUGUGUCACUCGCCCCUUGGCAGUUUGUUUCGACAGACUGAAGUCAAAGCUAAUUGUUGCAGGGCAACACACAGGAAUGCUUCACGUCUAUUUGUUGGAGUGAAAAUACCACUUUCUUUGCAUG